AUGGACAAUUUACUUCCCGACGUCGUGGGAUAUGUUGGUGCUCGUUUUUCGCUUUGGAUUGCCGAAGAGGAACCGGGAGGAACUGGCAAUCUUCUUAAAGAGCUGGUUUCCAAGCGGAACUGGUGUUACAAGGCAAUUCCUUACAUUCUCGGUUACUAUGCGAGCGGUCUUGCGGUGACGUUGGUCGCGCUUUAUUAUGAAGGGGGGAGGGUUAAGAGCAGGCACCUGGCAACGUUCAAUUUGUACGAAAUUGGUGACAGGGUCAAACUCUUCAUGGUUAUGUCCAACGUUGGUCGGGUACUGGGAGGUUUGCACGAUAUGUGCAUUAUAAACAACGAGAAUACGGAAUUUGAAGUUGUGAAAGGUAUAACGACCGGGAAAUCUGUGAGGCUAGCUGGAGAUCAGGUGAUCAAAGGCUACCUGACGAAGGGGAAGAGGAUGAAAGUUUGGAAAAUAUAUUACGCUCUCAAGGGCUGCCCCAACAUGGAGACUUGCUUGAGCAGGAAGCCGCGACAUGAGAAUGGCCCUUUUAAAAGGAGGAUCGGCGAGUAUAUGCUUAGCUUUUCUCCUCGUCUAAACAGAACAGCUCGGCCUUCAACGCAGGAAUCACUUGUGAGAGCUCUUCUUGAUGUCUCUGAAGCUCUGGCCUGGCUCAAGGAAAAGAGGUGGAUCCACAGGGACGUCCAUUGGGGCAACGUGGCCUUGGACGAAGUAGCUGGGGUGUGGACGCUGAUAGAUGUGGAGGAGGCGUGCACGUUUGAAGAGGCUACAACGGCACAUCCGUUAAAUUCACGGGUGCAUGCGCCAGAAAUGCUUACAGGUUACCAUGGUUCUCCUGUGGACGUCUGGGGCCUGGGUCAUCUUAUCAGGAGUGCCAGCAAUGUUCCUGCUCUUAAUAAGAUGGUGGAUGACGUCCUGUGGGAGUUGUCGAAAAAAUGUUCGGCGGUGGAUCCCUCAGAUCGGCCUAGUAUAGCAGAGUGUAGAGUUGAGCUUGAGAGUUGCCGGACGCUUUUAAGCGAGGAUUCCAUGGAUUGUGGUACCGUAGAAAUAUCCAGAUCGGAUCCACAAGCUAACGUGGAGACCAUGUGA